AUGGAGGAGGGACAUGUGAUCAUGAUCAUCGUGGUCCACGUGGAUGACAUGUUUGCUGUAGAGCAGAACGAGAGGGGUGACAACUUUGGCAGGGAUCUUAACGAGAUGGUCCCCGUGAAGAACCUUGGAGAGUUGAGGUGGUACUCCGCGUGCUUUUACGAGAGAGAUGAAUUGAGAGGGCUGUUGUUGAAGAUUUCGCAACAGAGGUUUGCCGAAGAGCUGGCUGCAGAGUAUGGCGUUGAGUUGGGGUACAGCGUGCCUCUGCCUGUUAGCGUAAAGCUCUCCGACUUUGACGUGAAUGGAGCGAGUGCUGAUGUCCCUUUUCGCGAGUUGGUAGGAUCUCUAAUGAUGUGGUUGGCCACUCAAACACGGCCGGACAUCGCAAAUGCACUUCGAGCAGUAGCGCGGUAUUGCGCGUCUCCCAAGAUGGUGCGCUGGAAGGCAGCACUCGGUAUUUUAGGGUACGUACGCAGGACGAGUUGGAUGGGGAUUACAUUUGAGAGGGGCGUCCUGACAGGUAUGAGUAUGAAGGUGUUUGUGGAUGCCGACAAUGCAAGCAAGGCGGCAGACCGGAGGUCGGUGUCUGGGGGGCUAGUGAUGUGUGUGUGUGGGGAUGUGACUUGGUUUUCACGAACGCAGAAGUGCGUUACGCUUUCCACCACGGAAGCAGAGUAUGUGGCAAUUGCGGACGUCUUGAAGGAAGUGUUGUUCUUGAGGCAGACCGGAGGUCGGUGUCUGGGGGGCUAG